UUGGCCUCAACCUUAUUCGGGCCAUUUCCUUCCCUGACAGAGGAACCCGAACCUGGGCUCCUGCCCUGGCCGGUGCAGACAUGGUGCCCCUGCUGCUGCUGCCCCUGCUGUGGGGGGGGUCCCUGCAGGAGGAUCCAUGGUUCGAGCUCCGAGUGCCAGAAUCGGUGACGGUGCAGGAGGGUCUGUGUGUCCACGUGCCCUGCUCCUUCUCCUACCCCGGGAGCUCGUGGUCUUCCCCUAAGAAGCUCUACAUAUACUGGUUCCGGGGAGGGGACAACGAUUAUCUUGUGGCUACAAAUGACCAAACGAAAACGGGGAAGAUGGGGACCCAGGGCCGAUUCCACCUCGUCGGGAACCCCAGGCACAACAACUGCUCCCUGAGAAUCACAGAGGCCAGGAAGAGUGACGAGGGAGUCUACAGUUUCCGAGUGCAGGCAGACCACAUGGCAUACAGUUACAGAGCUAAGAAGCUGACCGUGAAGGUGCCAGCCCUGACACAGAAACCCGACAUCCACUUUCCGGAGCCCCUGAAGUCUGGCUAUCCCACAAACCUGACCUGCAGUAUGCUGGGAUCCUGCGAGGAGGGAAGACCUCUCACCUUCUCCUGGGUGGGGCGUGCUCUUGACUCGCUGGACCCCCAGACCCUCCACUCCUCAGUGCUGACCCUCACCCCGAGGCUGCAGGACCAUGGCAGCAACCUCACCUGUCAGGUGCACCUGCCAGGAGGUCAGGACACCGUGGAAAGAACCAUCAGGCUCAAUGUCUCCUACGCUCCCCAGAAACUCAACAUCAGCAUCUUCUUCAGCGAUGUUGCAGUCCCGAAGAUUCUGGAAAACACCUCAUCGGUUCUCAUCCUGGAGGGCCAGGCUCUGGGGCUGCUCUGUGCUGCUGACAGCAGCCCCCCUGCAGAGCUGAGCUGGUUCCGGGGGUCCCCCGCCCGGAAUGCCACCCGCAUCUACAGGAGUGCAAACCUGGACCUGCCUCAAGUAGGGGCUGCAGAGGAAGGAGACCUCCUCACCUGCCAAGCUCAGAACCCGCUGGGCUCCCAGCACGUCUCCCUGCGUCUCUCUGUGGUCUACCCCCCGCGGCUGCUCAGCCCCUCCUGCUCCUGGGAGGGCGAGGGGCUGCACUGCAGCUGUUCCUCCCGAGCCCAGCCGGCCCCCACCCUGCGCUGGCGGCUGGGGGAGGGGCUGCUGGAGGGGAACCACAGCAACGCCUCCUGGACCAUCACCUCCAGCUCUGCGGGGCCCUGGGCCAACAGCUCCCUGAGCCUCAGCGGGCCGCUGGGCUCCGGCCUCAGACUCAGCUGCGAGGCCUGGAACGCCCACGGGAAGCAGAGCGCCGCCUUCCUGCUGCUGCCAGGGAGAUCAGUGUUCCUGGCAGGAGCCGUGCCUGCUGCUCUUGGAGGUGCUGGUGCUAUGGCCCUGCUGUCCCUGAGUCUGUGCCUCCUCUUCUUCUGCUUAGUGAAAGCCCGCAGGAAGCAAGCAUCCGGGAGUCGAGAGGGCCUGGAUGAUGAAGAUCCUGUCAUGGGUACAGUUGCCUGGGGUUCCAGGCAAAAGCCCUGGCCAGACAGCCCUCCAGCCCAAGCGACCCCUGCCAGGGAUGCCCCUCCCUCAGGGGACAAACAGGAGCUCCAUUAUGCCUCCUUCAGCUUUCACGGGAUGAAGUCGAGGGAACCUGAGGAUGAGGAAGCCACCGACACCGGCGAGUACUCAGAGAUCAAGACAAGCAAAUGAGGGUGGCUUAGAGCUCGGUGCCGGCCCGAGGAAUCGCGGCCCCUGGGGGAGAGGAGAAGUCAGGCACUCAUUGGUGAAGCAUGUGGAGCCCUGUGGCAAUACAAACAGGAAGGACUUGCCGAGUGUCCCCAGGUGGAGCGGACUUGGGCUCCAACGCAGGCUGUCAAGCAAGUCACUUCAUCUCUCUGUGCCUCAGCUUCCCGUUCUGUAAUCAGAGAUCAUGCAUCCGGCCUCAGAGGUGGCUGUGGACAUUAAAGAAAUUAACAUGCAGAAAUCAACCAACAAAUGUCCCGUCUCACGUGUGCUCAGUACCUACUGCUCUCUCUUCUUUGGACAGAAAGGUAACUGGCAAGUUACCCGGAGGCUGGGGGUGACCAGGCCCAGAGCACAGGGUAGCAACCUGCUGGCAUCAUUCUCCUUCCCAGAGCUCUUCAAAGCCUCCCCAGGGAAAGACCAGCCCCUCAGCCUGGCGUUUGCUUCAUGAUACAGCAUCUUAUCAUCUCCUUGGAGUCUUCUCCUCAUCCACUUGUACCUGUCAGUUCUUCCAGCACAUUCCUUAACCUCCUGACCGUCAGUCCCUUUCCUGUCUUGUGGAUGGGCCCCACAGGGAUCUGUCCAACAGCCAGAGAGCUGACCCCGGGUCUCUUGCACAAACCCCUUCAAGGCUCCCUAGCCUUAGACAAUACAUCACAAGCAUCGGCUGCCCCUGGCUUUUAAAGUCCAUUACGACCCCCUUGUACCUACUGUUGGAAAAGAAACAACGGGCCCGAAAUGGAGGCACUUGCCCCCACAACAGCAAACCAAGACUAAAGGCAGUUUCAACCUCUCCCAGAAAUGUGACCUUUAUUUUUAAUUUAUUGACAGAGAGAGACACAGUGAGAGAGGGAACACAAGCAGGGGGGCGUGGGAGAGAGAGAAGCAGGCUCCCCGCGGAGCAGGGAGCCUGGCGUGGGGAUCGAUCCCAGGACCCUGGGAUCAUGACCUGAGCUGAAGGUAGAUGCUUAACCUACCGAGCCACCCAGGCGCCCCAGAGGAUCUGAAAUAUCCUGAUCAGCACUGGUGAGGUCACCUGCAGGGUAAGAUCUUCCCCGGAAAAGAUGGCCCAAUCUGAAAAAAAUCUUUUCUUUUGAUAAUAACUCCCUUGCCCCACCCUCCUGCCUAUAAAAACUUCCCACUACAUGCAACCUGUGUCUUUACCGGAAGUCAGGAGUCAUUGAAUAAAGCCUCAGAUUUACUCAGUGGAAUUUUUGGUCUUUAGCACCACCCAACUGCACUUCCCUCCGCUUUCUUCUUCACAGCCUCUGUGUUCUAACCCACAGCUGUGCGAUUUGAGAUCCCGCCCUUGGAGGCUCUGCCUCAUUGCUUCACCUGGCAGACGCUGGCUGGGCCUUCACACCUGAAGUCCUUGCACACACCCCGGCUGAGAGCCUGGACGGAAGAAAGAGCUCAUCCUCUCCCCUCCUCUAAAGUUGGACUAAUUUAUAAUUUAUUUAUUUACUUAUUUUUUCAAGAAAGCACUAAAACGAAAACAGCCCAAACUUCCCUAGCAGCACUGCAGUACCAGUGCCCAGUGAGCUUUUCUGAUUGUAAGCGCCUGACAUUAGGCUUUAAUUGAGGUACAAAAUGGGAAUUUUUCUAGAAGGAGGUGGGGCAAGACAGGUAUUAGCAAGAGAAAAGGAUCAGUCCAGGCGAGGCUGCUUUCCCUUCUGUGGGGAGGUGAAGGUAAGGGGUCUUUUUCUGCAGAUGACCUCAUCUUCCUUUGGGGGAUGGAGGGGCCCUUGUGGCAGACUCACUGGCACUGAUCAAUAAAUUCCUGACUGACCGGUUAGGACUACAUUUCUGGUGGAAUGACAGAGGAUGCCAACCACCUCCACUUUGACCUCAGUCUGUACUUUCUAAUUGAUUAAGAUCUUCAUUCCAGCUUAUCUCUUAACUCAGGCAAAAGACCUUGGAGGGUGGGGGGGAUCAUCCCUUGGUGGAAAGUGAAACUAUCCCCUUAAGCAAUAACAACUGCCCUGAGCCAGGGAGACCCAGCCUGACUGACCGCAAGACAAUGAUCGCCUUGACCCUUCCUGCCGAGCAGCACGUUCCCAGUGCCCUUCCUCCAACAUUUUCUUUCCUUUCUUUUUUUAGAGAAAGAGCAGAAGUGUGUGUGCAGGGUGGGGGUGGGGAGAGAGGGGCAGAGAAAGACAAUCUCAAGCAGACGCGGAGCCCGAUGCAGUGUUCGAUCUGACGACCCUGAGAUGGUGACCUGAGCCGAAAUCAAGAGUCAGACCCUUAACUGAGCCACCCAGGCGCCCCCACGUUUUCCUACUAUAAACCUAGGAAGAUUUUUCAGCUCUCUGAAGACAGUCUUUGCGACGUUAGUCCGCGGUUGUCCCGGACUUGGCCUUCCUGGAGUAAAUUCCUGUCUUGUUUCAUCACCACUUGUGUCUCUGCCUUUGGAGUGGCUGAACCCGGUCUGUUUGGGACUCCUGGAACCAGCUGCUC